AAAAAAGUUACAUGUAAAAUUACAAUUAUUAUAGUAGUUAAUAUUGGGACCAUAUUAAAGAAUUUACGCAAGAAUGGCAGCACAUGUAACACCGACAGGAGCGCUAUUUGAGGAUGAUACUGUUGACGAGUCGCAACUGACCGAGGAACCCAAGGAGAAACGUAAAUAUGUUAAGCAUAUUGUCUGGAGAAAUGUGGCGAUUUUCUCGUUCCUACAUCUCGGCGCUCUUUACGGACUUUACCUCUCGUUCACGUCCGCCAAGUUGCUGACCACCGCUUUCGCAAUUUUAUUGUAUCAAUUGAGCAUCUUGGGAGUCACAGCUGGGGUUCAUCGGCUCUGGUCACACCGAGCCUACAAAGCCAAGUGGCCCCUUCAGUUGUUACUUAUGAUCUUGAGCACCACAACGUACCAGGACGCCGUGAUCGACUGGUCUAGAGACCACAGGCUUCAUCAUAAAUACAGCGAAACCGAUGCCGAUCCGCACAACUCUAAAAGAGGUUUCUUUUUCUCGCACAUUGGCUGGCUGCUCUGUAGAAAACAUCCGGAAGUCAAGGAAAAAGGCAAAGGUAUAGACUUAAGUGAUCUUAAGAGCAAUCCUAUAUUGGCAUUCCAAAAGAAAUAUUAUAACAUAUUGAUGCCAUUGCUGUGUUUUAUUUCGCCAACUCUUAUUCCGGUCGUGUGGUGGAACGAAACAUGGAUAAACGCUUUCUAUAUUCCGGCCAUUCUUCGUUAUGUCUUGACGUUGAAUAUAACGUGGCUGAUAAAUUCUGUCGCUCAUACAGUGGGCAACAAACCCUAUGACAAAUACAUCUGUCCAGCGGACAACAAAGGUGUUGCCAUAUUUUCCCUCGGUGAAGGUUGGCAUAAUUACCAUCAUGUUUUCCCCUGGGAUUACAAGACUGCAGAGCUCGGCGAUUACAAAUUCAACACCACGACAGCUUUUAUUAACUUUUUUGCAAAGAUUGGCUGGGCCUACGACUUGAAGAGCGUGUCCAACGAUAUGAUAAGGAAACGAAUGGAGAGAACAGGUAACAGUAGCCAUAACUUAUGGGGUUGGAGUUCACGACGAGGUUCACACGCAGGUGGAAUAGAUGAAACGAAACUUAUAUAAUAAAAAACUAUAUACACGUG